GUCCAAAUAUGAGGCACAAUUUUCAUAGUCAGCGUGAUUCCCACAUUUAUCUUCGACGAUAAAUACUUGUUCAGAAUACGAAUCAUCUACAUCUUACACUAUUCGGUCUCUCCACACAAAACAUGUCUUCACCAACACUUUCUGAUGUCUUGAUCAUUGGGGGAGGUCCCGCAGGCCUUACUGCUGCUUCCAGUCUUGCUCGACAAUUGCACACUGCCGUUGUCUUCGAUUCUGGAGAAUACCGCAACGUUCAUGCCCCUUAUAUGCAUAUGGUGUUGACAUGGGAUCACAAAAAUCCAAAGGAGUUUCGAACUGCAGCCCGCAAAGAGAUCGAGACAAACUAUUCAACCAUCAAGUUCCAGCAAACCCAGAUCAAAUUCGCAAAAAGACUCGAUUCCGGAUUCGAACUUGAAGAUGCCAACGGCAACGUCUGGAGAGGCAAAAAGCUGAUCCUUGCCAUGGGUUCCGCUGAUGACUUUCCUGAUAUCCCGGGAUACAAAGAGUGCUGGGGAACUGGGAUGUAGGAAACCUCAUUGUUCUUCAUGAUCUUACAAUAUUUGCUAAUAUUUAUUCAGAUUCCACUGCAUGUUUUGUCAUGGAUACGAGCAAAAGAACUCGCCAUCAAGUGGUGUCCUAGCAUUACAGAGCCAAGCAAACAUUCCCAUGGCAGUUCACAUGGCUGAAGGUGCAUCCUCAAUGAGCAAAAAGGUGGUCAUCUACACAAACGGAAACGAGGAACUAAAGUCGGGAAUGGAUACGACUUUCAAAAGAGCCUCAAAACCUUCAACUCAGUUCAGCGUCGACUCACGCACCAUCUCCCGUCUCGUCAAAGAGAAAUCAGGCGCCCAUGUAACCAUCGAGUUUGCAGAUGGGAGCAAAGUGACCGAAUCGUUUCUCGUCCAUAGCCCUAAUACUCAUGUCCGUGGGCCCUUUGUCGAGCAGCUCGAGUUGAAGCUCGCACCCAGUGGGAAUAUUGACGCCCCGGCUCCCUUCCACCAGACGAGCGUCAGAGGCAUCUUUGCUGCAGGAGAUUCUAUGACUCCUUACAAAGUGAUCAAUGGUGCAUUCUCAAGCGGGUGCAAUGCUGCUGUAGCGGCUUCUGCCCAGCUCAAAGCCGAGGAUCUUGGUCAUCAACCCUUGUUUUAAGGAUGCCAAUGAAAUAUUGAAGGAUAUGAUCAUGCUUCACAGC